AUCUCAUGAAAGAACUGCUGAUUUCAGUUCCAAGGAACUUCAGAUUAUUAGAAGAGCUCGAGAGAGGCGAGAAAGGAAUAGGUGAUGGAACAGUCAGCUAUGGAAUGGAUGAUGCCGAUGAUGUGUACAUGCAGUCGUGGACUGGAACUAUCAUUGGCCCUCCUAAUACUGCACACGAAGGACGCAUCUACCAAUUGAAGUUAUUUUGCGGGAAAGAAUAUCCAGAAAAGCCACCUAGUGUGAAGUUCCAGACCCGGAUCAACAUGAGCUGUGUCAAUGAAGAAAGUGGGGUGGUCGAACCAAGUCUUUUCCCUAUGCUUGCCGACUGGCGAAGGGAGUACACCAUGGAGGAUAUAUUAAUGCAGUUGAAGAAAGAGAUGAUAUCUCCACAAAAUCGAAAAUUAGCUCAGCCUCCAGGCAAUGAAGAGGGUAGAAUGGAUCAAAAAGGAAUAGUACUGAAAUGUUGUAUUCUGUAAUUUAGAUUAAAAUUGAACACAAUACUGUAGAUAUAUCCAAGUAUGUACAAUUCUUGGUAUUGCGUUGGUUUCAACGUUUAAGAUGAGUUUGUAACUCAGUGAGAUGUAUACAUUGAAUAAUUAUGGCGAAAUUAGUAGUCUUGGGAUAUGAUAUCGAAUGAAUGUCAAACGUUACAGAAUGA